AUGGUGGUACCAACGAUGGAUAGCCUACCGAGGGUGCCGGACACCCACGGUGACACCGUGGACGAGAAAGUAUUUUCCGACCUGUACAUCCGAACCAGCUGGUUCGAUGCCACGAUAGCACUCGAUCAAAUAGAAAAGGGUAAAGCUCGGGGGAGAAGGUCCUCGGUGUACAUGCGUUCCCUGUUCCAGCAAUAUCUUUACAACCUAGGCUGUUCGAUACAGAAGCACGCCGGCAAGGUGUUAUUCGUAGCGAUACUGGUGCUCAGCACGUUCUGCGUCGGGCUGAAGUCGGCAACGGUACACUCGAAGGUGCACCAGCUCUGGAUACAGGAGGGUGGAUCGCUCGAGCAUGAGCUCGCCUACACGCAGAAAUCGCUCGGCGAGAUGGACUCGUCGACGCACCAGCUGCUGAUACAGACACCAAAGGAUAUGGACGCGUCGAUACUGCACCCGAACGCGCUACUAACGCACCUGGACGUGGUGAGGAAGGCGAUAUCGGUGACGGUGCACAUGUACGACAUCACGUGGAGCUUGAAGGAUAUGUGCUACUCGCCGAGCAUACCCAGCUUCGAUACGCACUUCAUCGAGCAGAUCUUCGAAAACAUCAUUCCGUGUGCGAUCAUCACGCCGCUCGACUGUUUCUGGGAGGGUAGCAAGCUGCUCGGCCCCAAGUAUCCCGUGCACAUACCUGGUCAAACGAACAAAGUGCAGUGGACGUCACUGAACCCGCAAACGUUGCUGAAAGACAUCAAGGCGCAGAACUAUCAGUUCCCGUUCGAAACGCUGGAACAGUACAUGAAGCGGGCAGGCAUCAGCACGGGCUACACGGAAAAACCCUGUCUAAACCCGAAGGAUAAGCAGUGUCCGGAAACGGCACCGAACAAAAUGUCCGGCCAGGUACCGGACAUUGGGGCGAGCUUAACCGGCGGUUGCUAUGGAUUUGCGGCGAAGUAUAUGCACUGGCCGGAAGAGCUGGUGGUGGGUGGUGCGGUGCGCAACCGAACCCACCAUCUGAAGUCGGCCAAAGCGCUGCAGACCGUGAUCCAGCUGAUGGGCGAACGGGAGCUGUACGAUUACUGGAACAACCAUUACAAGGUGCACCAUAUCGGGUGGAAUCCGGAGAAGGCGGCGGAGGUGUUGAACGCGUGGCAGAAGAAAUUUUCCGCCGAGGUGAACAAAAUCAUGCAAACGGAGGUGAAACCCCUGUCGUACUAUGGCGUGUACGCGUUCUCGUCGGCAACACUGGACGACAUCCUGGGGAAACACUCGAACCCGAACCCGAUCAGCCUCGGUAUCGGGAUUGCGAUCAUCUUGCUCUACACGGCCUGUACGCUGUUGCGCUGGAGGGAUGGCAUCAAUGGACAGAGUGGAGUCGGUGUGGCGGGUGUGCUGCUGAUCACGGUCACAACUGCCGCCGGGUUGGGUUUCUGUGCGUUGCUCGGCAUUGCGUUCAAUGCGGCCACCACGCAGGUGAUACCGUUCCUAGCGCUCGGGCUCGGUGUCGAUCACAUCUUCGUGCUGACGCAUGCGUACGCCGAGCGGGACACGAGCGAACAAACCGGCCAGGUGCUGAAGAAGGCGGGCUUGAGCGUACUGUUUGCCGGUGCCUCCACCGCUGGAUCAUUCUUCGCGGCCACCCUCAUCCCGGUGCCGGCGUUGCGUGUGUUCUGCUUUCAGGGCGCCAUCCUGACGGUGUUCAAUCUGGCCGCAGUGCUGCUGGUAUUUCCGGCCAUGAUAUCGCUCGAUCUGCGCCGCCGUCGUUCCGGACGUGCGGAUGUGCUGUGCUGCUGUCUGCCGGCGCUGCCGAACACUACGCACGACCUGAACAAACAGCGCUACCAUUACCACCAGCAAACGCAACAGGCGCAGUCGCAGCAGCACCAAGCGCCGGGACAGCCGCAGAACGCUGCCGAAGCGUCACAGCGCCAGGAGGAAGACUCGCUGAUUGAGUGUCAGUCGAAGGCGUGCCUCAGCUUUUCCCUGUCCCGGUUUGCGAUCAAACACUACGCGCCGUUUCUAACGCGCAGUUCGGUGAAGGUGUUCGCCAUGCUGCUGCUGUCCGGCAUCCUCGGCGUGUCACUGUUUGCCUCGAUGAAGCUACCGGAUGGGCUGGAGCUGACGGAUCUGGUACCGCAAAACACGAACGAGCAUCGGUUCCUGAGCGUGCAGGGUAAGCUGUUCGGGUUCUACAGCAUGUUCGCGGUCACGCAGGGUGACUUCGAGUAUCCGAACAAUCAGAAACUGUUGCACGAAUACCACGAAGCGUACGUGCGUGUAUCGCACGUGAUCAAGAACGAUAACGGUGGGUUGCCAGACUUCUGGCUCAGCCUGUUCCGGGAUUGGUUGAUCAAUCUGCAGCGUGCUUUCGAUCGGGAUUAUCGCGAGGGUCGCAUCACGCAGGAACGGUGGUACACGAAUGCAAGCAAUGAUGCGAUCCUGGCGUACAAGCUGCUCGUGCAGACCGGGCACGUCGACAAUCCGAUCGACAAGAGCCUUGUGACGCAGGUGCGGCUGGUCGAUUCGGAGGGUGUGAUCAAUCCGGAAGCGUUCUACAACUAUCUUUCCGCUUGGGCAUGGAACGAUGUGCUUGCUUACGGUGCAUCACAGGGUAAUUUACGACCCGAGCCACGCGAAUGGUUCCACACACCGUCCGACUUUGAGCUGAAGAUACCGAAGAGUGCGCCGCUAACCUACACGCAGCUACCCUUCUAUCUGCACGGGCUGAGUGAUACGGCCGAUAUCAAGACGAUGAUCAGCCAGAUACGCGAACUGUGCUCCAAGUUCGAAGCGCGCGGUCUGCCAAACUAUCCCUCAGGCAUUCCAUUCAUCUUCUGGGAACAGUACAUGAAUCUACGGCCAGGGCUGCUGAAAGCUAUCGGGUGUGCGUUGCUGGCGGUGUUUGUUUCCGUCUCACUGCUGCUGCUAUCGGUCUGGGCCGCGCUGUUGAUCGUGUUCAAUGUGGUGAUGAUGCUGAUACAGCUGCUCGGUGUGAUGAUUCUGCUCGGCAUCAAGCUGUCGGCAAUACCCGCCGUCAUACUGAUCGCAAGUAUUGGAUUAGGCGUGGGAAUAACCGUGCAUGUGUCGCUGGGUUUUAUCACAUCGAUCGGAAACCGGGAUAGACGCGUCAAGCUAGCGUUGGAGCAUUCUUUCGCACCGAUCGUGCACGGUGUGGUGACGUCCGCCCUAGCCAUCUUUAUGCUGUCGACAUCCUCGUUUGAGUUUGUCGUGCGGCACUUCUUCUGGUUGCUGCUCUCGGCGAACGUCAUUGGAGCGCUCAACGGGCUGUUCUUCUUCCCCAUCCUGCUUAGCCUAGUCGGGCCGGGUGCAGAAAUUAUACCGCUCCAGUAUUCCAACCGUAUCUCGACACCGUCGCCACCACCGAAGCGCAUCAACAAAAUAUCGAGCGGGAAACCGAUCGUGUUGAAUAACAAACGAUCUUCGUGUUCGCGCAGCUGCUCGAAACCGCACCACCAUCACAAGCACAACAACGUUAACCUGAGCAACGAACCGUCGCUGACGACUAUCACCGAGGAGCCUCAGUCGUGGAAGAGUUCCGCCUCGUCCAUUCCUUCCAUUCACGAGAAGACCACCGGUGGAUCGGUUGGACAUCAUAGACCGUCGGUUGGUUUGGUGGGUGGAGUUGGUGGUGGUGGUGGUGUACCGUCCGGGACUUCCCUCGGGGGUAGCAUCAUGAGCGAGGGCAACCUUAGUGGUGUGGGUGGUGUGUACAGUCACCCGCAUGCGCACCACUACCACCACCACCAUCAUCAGCAGGCACCGGAACUGCAGAGCAUUGUGUUGCAGCCGGAGGUGACGGUCGAGACGCACCAUCAUGGUGGCGAACACCAAAACACCAAGGUAACGGCGACGGCCAACAUCAAGGUGGAGCUGGUAACGCCGGGUCGUGGCGCUAGGAUGAUGCACACGACGGCCAGCAGUAGCAGCAGUAAUGCGAGCAGCACCGGUAGUACGACGAGCAGUACGGGAAGUUCCGGUAGUGCUAGUAGCUAA